UCUGAAAGGACGUCUUAGUGGCUGCUCUGACACAGGAGACACAACAUGAUCAUCUUAUUCCUCAUCAUUCAUUUCAACAUCUUUCUGGUGUCAGGUUCCUCUCCUGGUAAAAAGGUCACCCAGACUCCAGCUCACGUUUACAUCAAACCAGGAGAGAAAACAGCCACACUCAACUGUAGACAUGAAAUUUCAGGCUAUUAUGUUAUCCUCUGGUACAAGCAGUCAGACGGACAGAUGACGCUCCUGGGAAAUAUGUAUUACACAGCUCCAACCCUAGAGAAGGAUGUGAACAUGAAGGUGAAGAUCGGAGGGGAUGCAAAUGAAAACAAGACCUGCACAUUAACAAUUGAAGAAGCCGACCUGAACAGCAGUGCAGUGUAUUUCUGUGCUGCUAGUCUCCACAGUGCUGCAUGUCACCACUCAUCAGUACAAAAACCUGCUCUCCACAUUUUAUCAUCUCUGUUGGCUCACAGCCGCCCUCACACCUGUUCCUCUGUUGACAAAGAAGUCACCCAGACUCCAGCUCACGUUUACAUCAAACCAGGAGAGAAAACAGCAACACUCAACUGUAGACAUGAAAUUAAAGACUAUGAUCGAAUCCUCUGGUACAAGCAGUCAGAGGGAGAGAUGAAGUUCCUGGGAUAUGUGUUUAUGAGCGGUCCAAACCCAGAACCAGGCGUGAAGUUCACAGCCCCUUACACCUGUUUCAAAGUCCUCUAA